AUGAGUCGCGAUCACGGCGCGGUUUCCCCGCCGUGCCCCUCGCCAUACGUCUCCCGCGCGCCUGCGACCCCCCGUGUGCAUCCGCCUGCUGCGCCCGCGGUCGAGCGGUUAGGCUCGCUGAGCGCCCGGGGUGCGCCCGCGCCCGCUGCACCCGGCGCGCCUUCUCUCAUGGCAGGGUCGGCCACUGCACCGUGCGGCGGCAGCGCGGGUCAUCGGCGCGCGCCGUCGUGGCCGCUGCCGAGUUUGGUGCCGCUGGACCGCCUGCAGUCGCUGUCGCUGGCGGACGUCCUGGCGGAGAUGGCGCAGUGCGCAACGCCCGCGGGGGAUGCCGCCGGGUCCAACGCUGCGAGGGAGAGGAUUUGCGGUGGCAGUGGAAGUGAGGGUGCAGCUGGGGGGGGGCACGUGCGAGAGGGGAGUGGGAAAGAGGGGACGGGCGGAGAUGGGGGAGAACGAAUAGGAACGGUGGAUCGAGGAGUCGUGGCAGGGGACAGGUGCGCAAGGGCAGGGGACGAGGAGGACGGGGGGUUUAGAGGUACUGGCAGCAGCAGCGGCGAGGGGGGCGCGGGUGAUGCGGCCAUGGCAGCAGAGGAUGCAGAGGCGCAGCGCGCAGCGGGUGAUGACAUGGAGCAGCGCGACGCGAUGAUGGGGCUGAUGCCACUGUCGCCGGGCGACAUGCUUUCGCCGCCAUCCGUGCUGCCGUCGCCGCGCGACUGUGGCUUACCGUCGCCCUCGAAUCUGCUCGCCCUGCCCUUGCUCGACCUGCCCUCUGCAUCCGACCCCCCCUCGUGCCCCUCCGACCCUCACCUGCCCCUUGCCGAUGCCCCCUCACCAUGCUGGCGCCCGCACCAACCCAUGCCCCCCGUUCCUCUACUCUCUGUUCCGCACCCGCCUGCCCUUCCAUCUGCGCGCCCUCCGCUAACCCCUUUCCACGCCCCACCCGCUGAUCCGGCGCAGCGUGGUCAUGGGGGGGCGGGCACGGGGAGCAGGGUGGAGGCGGCAGUGGCGGGCGACAAGGGGGGUGGCGGUGGGUGCGGUGGGAGGAAGCGAGGCAAUGCGCAAGCAGGCCUGGGGAGCGCUCGCACGCUCCCUGCUGCCCUCUGUGCCCCGCUCCCACCCGCCAGUUCGCACCCCACCGCCAGCCACACCGCGCACACCUUCGCCAUCGCCGGGCCCCCCGCGGCGCUGAGUGUGGCGGGCAGCAGCGCGCCCUGCGCCACCCCUCCUUGCGCCAAGCGCGCUCGGCCGUCCCCCCCCAGCUGGUGCCUGGACGGCAGCCCGGGGCUGCGUCUGGGCGUGCCUGGCAGCACGUGGAGCAGCGCGCUCUCCACCCAGGGGUGUGCGGCGACUGGCGCAGCAGGGCAGGCGUGGGGUGCGCAUGGACUGGCUGUGGUGACAGGCGGGCGAGCGGAGGCACUUGAAAAGACAGCAGUUGUCGGCGAGCAAGCAGCAGCAGCAGCAGGAGGAGGAGAAGGUGGAGGUGGAGGAGGAGGUUUGCAAGGGGCAGCACCAGAGGCAUUGAUGCAGCUGGCAGCGUUGCUGCGCGGUGCCGGAGUGAGGCUACCGGGCAAUGGCGACCCUAAGGCAGCUGCUGCUCGGCCUUGUAGCGCCAGUGAGGUGCCAACGCCAUGCCUUGUGGAAGGGCGGCCGCCGCCCUCUGCUGCCAGCGCCUCGGCCUCACGCACGCUUGCAGGGAACAAUUGCCCUUCAAGUGAGGGAGCUGUUGCUGGCAGCAGCGGGGCGACUGGGGCAGGCAUGGCGCCGCGCGGGGAAGCUGCCCCGUGUGCGGCUGCUGCUGGGCGCAGCAGUGCGGGUGAACGCAGUGCGUGGGAGGUGCAGCAGCUGGGGCUGGCUCUCAGGGCCCUGGCCGGGGCUCUGGGGUGCGACAGCCCACGACAAGGCGACGUGCAGCAGGGCUGGGCAGCAGAGGGAGUCAACGGUGCAGGCUUGGAGGCAGCAACCCGUGUGGAGGGGCGAGGGCUGGCAUCGGAAGGGGUGGUAGGAGGGCACGCAGAGGCAAGCAAGACAGGAGGGCGAGCAGGGGGAGCAGAGAUGGGCAGAGGAUGUAGCAGAGGGAGCAGCAGCGGUGCUGGGAGUGGCAGCUGGGGUGAGGGAGAGUGCGGCAGGCGAGAGGGAGGAGCAAGGGUGCGGGGUGGAAAAGGUGCCGGGGGCACUGCAACGUGGCGCACGGGGGGGGCGGAUGGAAGGCGGGCAACAGGAGCAGGCACGGAAGGGCAAGCUGUGCAAGCCAGAGCGCGCAGGGAGCGCAUGAACGCGCGCAUGAGGCAGCUGCAGGCGCUGGUGCCGGGGGCGAGCUGCAUGACCACGGAGAGCUUCCUGGAGGAGGCCGUGCAGUACGUGCACUUCCUGCAGCGCCAGGUCCUGGACCUCACAGACUCCCUGCACCUCCACCAGCACCCCUGCUCGCCUGCUGCCACCACACGCGUGCUCUUUCCCUGCACCUCCACUCUUCCCACCCCCCUGCCUCGCCUGCACACUCCUGCCCCCACCGCACCACGACCGCUUGCAUCCACCUCCACCGCUGGGUGGGGGGGCAAGGCACAGUGCGGAAAGGCAAGGGCAUCACAGAGAGAGAGUGGAGCAGAUUCGGGGGGGGGAUGUGGUAGGAUGAAUGGCAGGUGUGCAGGAGGUAGAGUGUUGGGGUGGCAGGGAGUGGGGGGGGAGAUGCAGCGCAGGCAGCUGUGUUUGGUUCCAGUGGGGGCGCUGAUGGCACUGCUGGAGCCAGGGGGCAUGGUGGACAGGGCUCUCAUGCACCUGCAGAAACAUGAGGAGCAGGGUGGCGCUGAGUGUAAUGAAUGA